AUGGCAUCCAUCAUCGUGAAAUUCGGCAUUAUACGCUACUUGUCAACUCACUCUUUGACGAGGCCCAGAGUAGUAUUUUCUGGUAUUCAGCCCACCGGGAUUCCUCAUCUGGGCAACUACCUGGGCGCGAUUCAGAAUUGGGUUCAACUGCAAGACACUGCAUCAGCGAACGAUAAAAUUCUGUACUGCAUCGUUGGGUACCAUGCAAUCACCCUACCUCAAGAUCCCGUACACCUAGAAACGGAACGUUUCAACAUGCUCGCAAGCCUCCUUGCAUGUGGAAUUGAUCCCAGCAAGUCGCUUCUUUAUAACCAAGAUCAAGUUCCGGAACACACAGAACUGGCGUGGAUCUUGAACUGCAUUACCCCGAUGGGCUGGCUUUAUCGCAUGACGACGUGGAAGUCCAAGUUGGCCGUCGCUCGAAAUGCCAAUAGCGAAGAAGAGGUGAACGAGUCCAUGCUUAAUCUCGGGCUUCUCGCUUAUCCUGUGCUUCAAGCUGCUGAUAUCUUAUUGCACAAGUCCACGCAUAUCCCAGUUGGGGAAGACCAGACACAGCACCUGGAAUUGGCACAGGACAUAGCACGUGCAUUUAAUCACAAGUUUAACACCGACAUAUUCCCAAUACCACAGCAGCUCUCCACGCCGACAAAACGUGUUUUGUCCCUUCGCGAUCCUUCCCAGAAAAUGUCCAAAUCGGCACCCAGCGAGAAGUCUCGGAUCCUCAUUACGGACGAUCCCGCUGCUAUUUCAGCCAAAAUCCGCGGAGCCGUGACAGACUCGAACCCGGACAUAACAUUCGAUCCGACUGGAAGACCAGGGGUCAGCAACCUUCUAUCUAUGUUAGCCGCAUGCACGACGGAGAGCUCAGUCGCCGACUUGGACUCCACGGCCCAGUUAUAUCGCGGGAAGCAGAUCCAAGAUCUGAAGCGUGACGUGGCGGAUGCGAUCAUAGCAAGGGUCGAACCUAUUCGAACAGAAUACGAGAGACUCAGGAAAGAUUUGGCCUGGCUACGCGAUGUGUCUCAAGCCGGAGAUCAAGAAGCUCGGGGACGUGUAGGUCAGACGAUGUCUGAGGUUAAGAAGAUACUCGGACUGGCUAGGCACUGAGGUCUCUACCAUAUUCGUUGGGCUG